AUGGAUUUCAGUGAUUAUGGCGUGGUUAUCUUGGACACUAAAUCGAGGAAGAAAGGAGAAAGCGGGUCUUUCGAAAUGAGAACUUUCAUCAAAUUUUCCAAGUCUCUUUGGCCCAAAGCCCAGCACGAUGCGAAUGCGCAGAGAGGUGGUCGAAAAAUCGCAGAUACAUUCAAAGCGUUCUUUACUGUGGGAGGACCUAAAGCGCUUGCGCCGCCGUUGGAAGCCACUGACCGUGUUGGGGAAGCUAUCGCUUGGGAUAUGUACAGUGGCGAUGUAGGGCUCAAAUGCGGAUCUCUCUUGAAUUGGCCAAAUUGCGAGCACGAGGCUCCUCAGGGACAGAGCACUCUGGACAGAUUUUUAACUGAUGCACCACCUGACUUCAUCACGCUUUCUAUACCAAGCGAGAAAGAACUACUGGAUAGCCAAAUAGUCAUCGUCCUUUUGAAAUUUGAUCACAAGAAAAGAAAAGAGGAGGCAGAGUAUUUUUCACCGGAGUUCAGCUAUGUGCAAUUCGACGCUAGAAGGAAUAAGUACUUUGCUCCCGAGAAACUCCAGAUAACAAGAGAGAAACAGGAAUGGCUUUCCGCAAGGGCAAAGGAUAUUGUGGUCUUCACUACAUCGAUGUCUGAAAGUAUAGCACUCCCACUGAUUCGCUUAAAAUACCUCUUCUCUCAUUAUGAGUCUCCCAAAAUUCAAGUCUUAUGUGCGGAUUUUACAUGGCUUAAAAAAUGUGAAUCCAUUUCUCUUUGCCCUGACGGUCACUUUGCUGUGACGAAACAGACGCCAGGUACCGAUAAUAUUUGCGAUAAUAACGAUGAACGUAUGCUGACCGCAUCUUUCGAAGACAUUUGCCGUCACGAAGAGCCAAUGUCGCAAAAUCAAGUGUCUAAUGAAGAUAUGCCAAUGGAUAUAGACGAAAUGUAUGAACCACAUUUUGAAGCGGUCAUGGAUAGCGAUGUCGACUUAGUGUCAACUUCAGAUCAGGCAGCUGGACAUCCUUCACUUCAGGCUUUUUGCAGAACUUUUACUCGUAAGCAAGAUAAACAACAAAUUACUUUGGAAAGAAUCUUGAAAGCGGAAGAACGUUUGCAAGAAGGUGUAUGUAGUCUAGAUACAAGAAUGAAACAAGUACAGAAUGAAAUGAUCGUGCAAGAAGAACUGCGAAAAGCAGCUCUAAAGUACUCCACUCUACAACUAGAAAGAAAGUUUGGACUGGAUGCAGACCAUGAACUUGAAAAGAAACUCGAGCAGCUGAAAAGCAUAGGAAUCGAAUUUACAGAGAAACAAAAAAGCUGGCUUCUGAAUUUACCUUGGUUGCAACUAGUCCUAGACACAUCGGAUUUAACAAAUUCAUUUUUACGGUGCAAACUCUGCAGCAGAGAAGCUAAGCUGAGAGACGACGCAUUAUGGUUCCGCCACUAUUCGACUGUUACGCCCUGUCCCGAUGAGAAAUGUGUGAAUCUGAUGGGAGCAGGAAGUGUUUUGUGUAUCAAAAGAGUCUCAAAUUAUUAUCGCGGCUGGGGUGCCGGUAUCGUUCGCGCUGUCGGACGUCAUCCGAAUUCCAAAGAGCACGAAGACGGAUUGAAGUCUUAUCACAUGGCGCUCGGAGCUCAGGAGCAGCAAAAUCAGGAUCUUGCGGUAAAAGCCACCGUAACGGCGACAGUGGGAGCCUACACUAUAGCUAAGCAGGGUCUUCCCUUGACUUCGCAGUUUCCCCUGAUGAUGUUCGCAUUGAGAGCGGGAGCCGUUGUUGGCAGUGCUCACUACGAAGCAACAACUGCGAAACGAAUGAUAAAAACUUUUGCAGUGCACAUUGAAUACGAACUGUUCAGCUACGUGAUAGCAAAUGAUCUCCCAUUUUCUAUACUAAUGGAUGGAUCAUCAUCCUCAAGAGGGACGAAGUGGAUGGCGUAUAUGAUCCGCACUAUCAUAACAGACGUGCUACUCUCACAUCUCAACGAGCUGGACUCUUGGGUUACCUCUCCCGGUCUCAGGAUCUCACCACAUGAGCAUGCUAUGAAACGACUAAUUGCUAUUACAACUGAUGGAGCGGCUACAAUGACCGGUUGUGAUGAAGGUGUUUUUGGUAGGCUCCAGAGACAUAUCCAAUCGAAAAGCUCAUCUCCAGUGAGAACAGAAUUGCUCUUAUCUGUGUGUGCUGCCCAUCAACUGAAUAUUGCAAUGAAAAAUGCAAACCACAUUGCUUAUAAGCUUGCCAGAGCUCUUAUAAUGGAGAUGCACACGAUUUUCGGGACCUCACAGUCGUCCUCCGCAAGACGACAUUACAAAGACAUAGCACGUUUGAUGUCGUUUCCAAAUUUACAAAUGGGCCAAUUUUUCGCAAUUAGAUGGUCGGACAGCUUCAGUAAAGGGCUGAGUAACAUCAUUCGCAUGUGGCCGGUAUCAAUCGAAAGCUUGGAUAAGGUGGACAGUGACAGUAGCAUUUCUGAAAAUCUACGCAUCAGAGCAAAAUGCGCUUCCUGGGUGAUGCGGGAUGGACGCGUAUUCCUUAUGAUGAAGCAUGUCUUGAAUGCUCUUCGUAAAGUCUCCUCUCUAUCGCUGCUUUUCCAAAAUACAGACAGUAUGGCCAUAGAUGCAAUAGAAGCUACUCGUGCUACUACACAGUCGCUUAUAGACGGGUCACUGAAAAAUGACCUACAUCAAGAACUGAUGGCAUACAAAUCUGUAAUAAAUGUUUAUGAUGGAAAACACCUAAAACGAGUGGAUGAGCAAUUUCUGAUGAACUAUUAUGAAAUAUUAGAAAAUAGUCAAGCAAGAAAAUGGCGUCUUGUCUACCUUCCAGAAAGUUUCAAAGACUUCAAAAAGAAAGUUGACGUCGACUUUACAAACGAAGAGAUAGAGGAGAGAUCUAGACUGCUAUCGUACAAAAUCUUCACUACGUCAGAAGGAUCAUCAAGCGAGAGUGGCCUUGAAGACAUAAUAGAUCUGGAUUCCAGUAGCCUCCAUUUCUAUCAAGACAGCUCCCCUGAUGUUAAUUUCGACGUGCCUUUAAAUUUUGGACUUGGAUCUACCUUUCGCGACUUCUUGUUGCACCUAGGUGAAAAGACUAUACAAAAGGAGGCUGAAGAUUUGUAUACCAACACCUAUACAUCUAUUAUCCGCAAAUUUGGGGAGCAAUUGAUACCGGGUAACCUCUUUAUUGCGGUAGAUCGCCACAUAAUCCUUGACAUCAUAGAUUUCGAUGGCGAUUUUAGAACGAAUGGGAUAAUUACAUACCCCCAAAUGCUACUUUUUCCAACAGAGGGUAUCCAUUGUGCACUGGAUUACGUAAUGAGUACCAUAAAACAGUGGCCGGAGGAUUUAAGAAAUGAUAAGACUUUUAAGAGGAUCUACAAAAAGCUGCUGGAAUUCCAAGAAAAGCUUAACAUGCCUGAGGAAGUUGAAAUGGUGCUCAAAUGCAUUCUCGUCAUUCCAUCCAGCAAUGCGGAUUCAGAACGAACAUUUUCCACAGCAAAUCGUCUUACAGCUGGCGAAAGGAGCAGUCUUUCCACAAAAACAAUUAAUACUAUGAUGCACAUUCAAAGAAAUGGUCCAAAUCUCUUGACACUAGAACCAUCUCAACUAGCCUAUCAGUGGGUACACCCCCUGCCUGGCCUGGGUUUGAGGUCGGGUGUACACUUCACCAGAGGAUCUUCCACGAACACAAUGGCUUCUAUUAAGAAAGCCUUCUAUGCAAAGAAUCUGGGUGAUGCUAAUUCGCUACGCAAUUUGAUUGGACCGGCAAUUGAAGUUGACAUACUUCUGAACGUGUUUGGUGAUCAGGCGAUCAGGGCAACUCUUCAUAGCAAAAGCGAUAUAGAAGACUUUCGGAAAGACUUGAUAGCUGUGGAAAAAGACAAGGCGGCAAUUUUCAGCAUUGGGAUAGUUAAUGAUGAAAACCAAUAA